AAAUCGCUAAUAUAUAUUGGACUAAUUGGCAGGUUGACGAAGCGAACGUAUUGUAGAUGUAAACAAAUAGUUGUAUUAAAAUAGCGCUCACGGAUUUGCGAUUCUAAGAACUUUCUUCAAAAUGAUGCAAUAUGAAGGUGAAAAUGCCCACCUGGUGGAUCAGAACCCAUGUGCAGGUAUAAGGGCAGAUUUAAAAAUGUGUCUUCUGGAAAGUGACUGUGUGAAAAAGCAGAAGAAAACUCCACGUGAAUGUCUGAAAUCAUUUGAUGCAUCUGUUCCUAAUGAAUGCUAUGCUUUACGCACAACAUUUUUUGAGUGCAAGAGAUCUCUGUUAGACAACAGAACAAGAUUCCGGGGAAGAAAAGGAUAUUGAACAUCAGUUGUAUUCCUCUCAUGAGAAGGGGUGGCUGGGAUGUAAGAAUUUUGUAAAUAAAUUCAUGUAUUUGGACAUGUUAGUCCAGUGUUUUGUUUGUUGUAUGUCACAUUAUCUUACUUCUUUAUUGCAAUGAUUUUUGGUGUUCUCAUCUUAAAAUCACGGGCUUCUAAUAUCAUUAUGAGAAUAGGAGGUCAGAGUAAUUGCUCCUGCUUAUUAUGUUAAGAGUCCAUCUAGUUUUUAACCAUGUCAGUAGAGUUUGUAUGAAUAAAAAUGUAAAAUAUUGAUAAAUAAAUAUUUAUAUGUACCUCUAUACC